GUAGCAUUUGCGCACCCCACCACGCGCAGAAGUCUCCGCACGCGCGCCUGUUAAAUGACGUUCUCAAGUGCCACACUAACAACUGUGGGUGAGAAAGGCAGCUCAGAGCCACAACUCCACUAGGAUUGGACAACAAGGAGUGCAGUAGGGAUUCUUGGGGACUGGUGUCUCUACUAAAACGCACGCGCUUUUACAACUACAGCUUCAUCACCAACAAAGCCAAUGGCAGCAUCGGAAAAAACACUCGUUUACCGAGAAGACACGGAUUCGUUCAAGAAUUUGCUUUCCAACAGGGAUUUGCACCUGAUAGCUGCACAGGACGAUAUGAAUUAUGUCGAUUUGAACGACUUGCUGGAGUUGAAAUUAGACGAUACAAAAACAGUAAACGUGACAUUCACUGGCGACAGGAGUCCACUGGCAAUAAUUAAAAGUAUCAUGAAAGAUUCAAACGCGCAACUCCAAGGCGAGGAUAACCAGGUGCCCUCUAAUCCGACCACUGACAAAAUCAAUCAUGCCAAACAAGAGGAGUGUGUGGAGAAGUCCAGCUCUUUUGAAACAGCAACUUCGGAAGUACCUCAGAUCAAUAAGAACUACACGGAAUGUGUCGAAUCCCCUGCUAAGGUGACAGAGCGAGACCCCCAAGAACAAUCGGAGACACAAAGCGCAGGCAAUAGUGAGUCGGACGAUGAGGUUACUGUGGUGCUUUCAGAUCAUGGCACGCCAGAAAUGUACGAAGAUGAGUCUCAUUACAUCACAACCCACGAAAUCCAGCUUUUGGAGUUGGACCAUGAUGUGGAUUACGACUUUGAGACGGGAUCCAGCUGGGAUAUCGAAGAUGAUCACCAGGUCUACUCGUUUGUCGAUUACGCGUUUUUUGACAGUGAUGAAACGAUAGGCGCAAAAGAGGCAGGUAUGAAAAGCAACCAGGCGCUGUCUAGUACGAGCGGAGCAGUUGUCAGUAGUAAGCCUAAAAGCAAUCUCUGUGACGCGGACAAAUGUGCCAGCUCAGAUGAGAGCCUGUCAAAAAAUCAAAAUACAGCAGGGCAGAUUCACCUGUCAAUCAAAGCCACUUCCCGCGCUAUAAAUGAGCCAAGUAACAUCCAAGAUCAUGGCAAACCUUCAGGAGACUCAAGUCGCCAUGUUUUGAAAGGGAAUGGAAAGAGGGGCAAAGUCAGUGAUAACGCCAAGUGCUUCAUUGCUUUGCCGGGGCGCCUGCACUUUGGCCGCAAACUGAAAAGCAAAGAUGUGAACGAGUAUUCCAGCGGCACAUCCAGCGCAGUGAGCGAGUUGGAUGACGCCGAUAAAGAGGUGCGUAACCUCACUGCUAAAGCGUUCAAAAGUUUGGCAUACCCUUAUUUCGAUACCAUCAAUUUCAGUACCUCCAGCGAGUCCUCCGCAUCAGAGCAUGGACUGGGAAUAAACCGGUGGUCCACGUUUGUUGACCUCAAGUAUGGCAAUGUAAACAUGUCCAAGGGACGAGAUCAAAAUUUAGUAGCCCAUGAAGACACAACAUCUAAUUUCCAUUUUGCAAAAAAGAGAGACUGUAAGGGGAUAACGGGGUUGACAUUGACAAGUAUGAGAGCGCCUCCAGUCGAGAUAUUUGCUCUGAACGGCAGUUUAGUUGGCCAUAAAAACGCUUCAUCGACAACAAAGAAAAUAGAGCUCAUGGGGAAGUUUGCCCAGGGUCAAAGUGGGGUCAUAAGACUGACGGAAACAUUAAAUUUUCGAUGUAAUGUCAAAUCCGACCAGUCUGGAAACGAAAGGCGUGCGAAAUCUGUGCAUAAUGCUGAAGGAUCACGUUCCACAGAUGAAGUUACAGACACCUUGCCAAGCCCUCAGGGGUGUGAGGCUAGCAAGAGACCUUGCAAUGCAGGGGAAACCAUGGAAGACGCGCACAAGAAAGCAAUAUUCGCAUCGAGUCUCCUAAAAAAUGUCAUUUCGAAGAAAAUGCAGUUUGAGCAGGAGCGCAAAAUGGAGAGGGGCGAGAUAUGCGAGACCCACCACGCGCACUCACCGUGUUUUGCGACGCACGAACACGAGGUGCAGAAGGAAAAAAUGACAAAGAAAAAUUCCAAAGGGCUGCAAAGGCAAAACUCGAAAUUCUCCGAGGCCGACUCGGACCACACCAUCGUUUGCGUAGAUGAACUGGGGGAUAUAGUGGACAGCAAUUCAAGCGAUGCCAAAGACGACAGUCGCAAAGAAGAGACUUUGACUUGUGCAUCAGAAAUGAUUUUAGAGCCAAAUGAAGCAGCGUUCGAUACUAAAAAAGGAGCAUUCGAAGCAUCCAAAAGCACGCUGCAUCGAAGCCAAAAUAGCGCAUUCAGAUCCUGGAGGGACGGCGAGCUAGAGUUUCAAAAGGAACAUAAAAACGAUAAAACUCCUGAAGGGAAACUGCCACCGACUGACCGGUGUCCGAGGGAAACGAACGCAUACAUCGAUCCGGCGACAAGCAAGAAUACUAAAAUGUCACAUUUGUUUGUGCCAAGUAUCCAACUUCCGUCCGGUGAGAAGGAACCGAAGAAACCGCCGCCGAACAUGAGUUAUUCCAUGCGCAACGAAGGAGACAGUGGAGGUAUGAGACACUCAAACACUCUAUAUGUUACAGACAAUACGCCCAGGGCUGUCACAUCGAAGUCACCUGAAAUUAAAAUAAGUUUGCGGAGCGUAAGGGAUAACAAAAGUGGCCCGUUCAAUAUAUCAAAGCUGCUGACUCCCAAUAUAGGCUGUAAUGCCGCGAGCCUGAUGAAGACAUCUGAUGACACCAGAUGCCACGCGCUCGCUGCAACAUUUAAGGGUGAGUCGACUGACAAAGUACCACACUUCAUUGUCAGAGACAUUAGAGAUAACAAGGGUAAGCUGCAGACACCUAUUCACCAGGUUAGAGACGUGCGUAAAUUGGUUAAGAGUUCGUACCACAAUGUGUCUUUAGAUAGCAAGUGUUGCUCAGACGGAGAGCACAAGGUAUUAAAGCCGAGCCCAUAUCUGAACUCGGCCUCUCUCUCGCCCAUUGUGAUUAAAUGCCAGUCCGUGAAUACAAAUAGCAAUGUGAAGCAAUCAGGAAAUUUAAUAGACCCUGCUAAGCGAAGAUUUCCCGAGGAUACAUAUGAGUCUGACAGAUCAUCUCCUCAAAUUCAUGUAGAGGGCGCCAAAAACGAGAGUACAACGAUCCAGAAUCAAGUCAACAGACUUCCUUUAGUCAAAGCACCUCAAAGUAACUCAAACCAAGAUGUGCCACCUGGAUUAAAAAAUGAGACAAGCACAAGGAGGCAAGAUAAAACGAGUGACGUGGGCGAGAGGAUAGCUGAACCCAAGAUGGCCAAUCAGGCUGCUUUGGAGAAACUGCAAGCUGCUGUCAAAACAAUGGAGCAGUUGUAUGUUUUCGACAAGAAUGAAUGGAAGAGAAAAACAGAUCCACGGCCAGUAACAGAUAGCCACUUGCUUUCGCUUAUUGCCAGUGAGGAACAUGGCGGUGCUGUUGAGGAGCAGGAAAGCGUCAGUUCGGUUCCCACAACAAACAUGGAGAAGUUUGUGAGACGAGAUUCAAUCCCAGAAAAAAUAUCCGCUAGGCCUCCAUCAACCCAUACUGAGAUGCCAGCCAAAAAAGACGAAAAGGACACACCGAUGUCAUCAACCACUCCUAUCACCCAGGAUGAGAGAAAUGGUCCUAAAGCGCUCAUGCAGCCAACAGGAACGCCCUGUAAGAAUAUAACCCUGAGUCACAGUCAGAAACCUUUAGCCACAAGUUCCAUUAGGGCAACACAAACACAUGUUUCAUCACCAGCAUCUCUUAGUUCCAAGGGUGUGACACCAAAAUCUCAGAAAUUACCAGUGUCUUUGAAGAUAUCUAAGGCAAAACGAGUGAUGGAGGAGCAGAAGAGGCAAAAUAGCAGUGAAGCUGAGCUUGCGCCUUUACAGUUCACUGCCACAGCAGACACAGCAGCCACAGCAGAUGCAGAGAACUAUCUAACCAUACCCGUGAAGCCUCACACUACUUUGGCCAUAAAGCCAACCACUGCUGCAUUAGCGAAAACAGCAGUUUAUACAAUCCCAGCCACAGGAGGUAAAACCCAAACUUCAAGUCCAGCACCUUACCUCACUCACAAAGAGAGCCAUCAGUUCCCCAAACGAUCAUCUUUUGUUAUGGAAACACAGUCCCCAGAUACCCCUACUGCCACUAUUUACCAUACACCCCUGCCUAUUACAAUGGAAGCUGCUCAGCCUCAAGUCAUUUGCUUCUCCCCUACAGUUCAACCUUCCCCAGUCCCAAUAGAACACUUCCAGCAUACCCAAAAAAAGAUGCUUUUGGAUCCCACUACAGGAAACUUCUACCUGGUGGACUCUCCAGUCCAGCCAGCCACCAAACGUCUCUUUGAUCCAGAGACUGGGCAGUAUGUGGAUGUCCCCAUACCGCAAAAGCCUCCCAUGACCCCCGUCCCCCUGCCAAUAUCCCCCCUCGCCCUCAGCCCAGGAGCUUAUGGACAUACCUACAUGUUUUACCCAGGAUACAUGCCAACCACAAUGAUCCCCACCUGCACCAUGCAGUCCCAGCUCUCUAUGCAGUCAGAGGCAGAUGAUGGGGACAGAUCCCAUUCACACAUGGGACAGCAGGAGGAUGUAGCUUACAUGGAGAGUCCUUAUUAUAUGCCAUAUGGAAAGUCAUCGCAAACAACCACUGUUGCUCAACACGUCACCACCAGCAGGCUAGCCAUCAGCAAGCAGCCUGUCAUCAGCAUCACCUCUCAGCAAGGGCCAAGGAUAAUUGCACCCCCCUCCUUUGAUGGUACUACCAUGAGCUUUGUGGUGGAGCAUAGGUAAAACCCCACACAAAUACAGUGAGUCAUAUGCCAUCGACUUUUCACUGAUUUGCUGUCCAGUUUGUUCCAUUUUUACGACACUUAUUCACUGUCUUUUGGAAUCAUGAUCUCCUUCAUCACGAACAGUCAUCGGAAUAAUUUAAUCGGCCAAUCUUCUCCAAAUAUUAUUUGUGGCUCUAUGUUUCUUCUCAUUGUUUAUCCCACUUGUUUCAUUUUGUGUUGUAAAACUGAUUUUCUGCCUUCAUAUUGUUAUGAAAGUGGUUGGAAAUUUUUUGAGGGUAGCUAAACCCAUAUGCAUAUACUGUAGGUUUCUGUAAAAAAAAAAAACUUGUAGCACCUUCAGCAUAAUGUUAAUGUAUGUUAUGAGUCAGACUAAUGAAAUACAGAAAUUCUCUUUCUUAUUUUUCAACAUUUGUGAAACAUGAGCAGAAUUCAUUUAAAUGUAAAUCAUAUGAAAAACCAUUCUUCCUUAAAUUUUCCCAUUGAAAUGAAUGCGACAGUGUACGUCUGAAUGCAUGCUUGUGUUUCAUGAAUAAUGCCCAUAAUCUGCAAACUCACUUUUAAGACUUUGGGGGAAUUAUUUGGUUCAUUAUUUUAUUGUGCAUUGCCCCACUUUAAAUAAGCACUUCAACUGUUAAAUUGUCCCUUUGUGUUCCACACUGUAAAGAAAGUUGUAUGGGUUUGGAACAACAUUUUUGGGUAAUCUAUUCCUUUUAACUUUAACACUUAUAGUGUUGUCGAGACUUUUAACAAGUUCUGUACAAAAAAACUAACAAAAAAGAAAUUCUGCUGGUAUCCCUGUUUCUUUGACUGAAGUUCAUCUCCUGACCUUGAUUUUCAACACUCUUCCUUCAGAGGUGUUUUUUGAACUAAAUGGAUAGAUAGCAUUACAAUUUUAUAUUGUAUAUUUUUGUCAUUUUUUACAGUUGUUGUUUUCUGCUGGUAUUAAAUACACCACCACAGAACACUCAAUAUAGUGUGGAUAAUGUGGUGAAUGGGAUGUUUUAGGGGAUAGUCCUCCUCUAUUAUCUUUCAGUACCAGUAGUGGUAUGAGUGUUUGAGAGAUGUGUUUACCGAAUCAUUCUGAUUUGGUAUUGCAGUUCCAUCUUUUUUGGCUGCAGUGAUAAAGAUCAAGAUCAGGUGAAUUGAUUUCUGGAGAAGAAACAAGAGGUAUUUGGAGAGAUUUCAUGUAUUUUGAAUGCAGAACCUGGUAAAUCCUAUAGCACACUUUACAUAGGCAUCCAGCCUAACACAGGGAGGAACCCAGAGUCAAAUGGCCAAUCCAAACAUACUGCCCACAUGUGAAUUUAAAGGGAUUAAUGUAAAUUUUGCCUCAAUUUCAAAGGAUUUGUUUGCAAAUACUUAAGGGAAUUAUAUGAAAACUAGAUGAAUUAUUUGAUUAUUUUCAAUUCUUUUAUUUGGCUUUCAGAGUGAAACUAUUCAAGCUAUCGUAUAUUGUGUUUUUUUGUGGAUAUCCCUAUUAUAUCAUUACAUGUUUGCUGAUGUUUCAAAAGUGCAUCAGUUGAAAUGGGUCAAUUACAUUUCAUUUUAUUAUCCAUACACCUCAAAUAAAUCCAAGUGAAAUGCAAAUAUAUAUAUAUCCCAACCCUUAGAAAGAACUACAGUAUAUUUUUCACUGUUCUUUAUAAUUGACAUUUUUCAGAACAUAUUAAUAACAGAAGCAAUACAUUUGGGUCCUCUGUUUUGUCUUACUUUAUUGAUGAAUUAUUGAUGUUUAUUUUUUUUAAUUAUUAAUGUAAUAGUAAAUUUUUGAAUUAAUUAAUCAUUUCAGCUGUUGGAGCUGCUGGCCAGUCCGUGAAGCUGUCUUUGAGAAAGUUUGGUGUGCUGUUGUCUUCCGCUUAAUCAAAUUACCCCAUUCAGAGGAUUACAUUCUGUGACAAAACUACAUUUUCUAAAAGUUUUUUUAGAAAAACAACAUCAAAUGUGUGAAAUGCAAAAUCACAUCAGUGUAAAUAUGUGAACAUGUUUUUGUUUGGUCUGUGCUUUAUGAUGAUUUUGUAUGGUCUGUGCAAAAGCUCCUAGUGAUGUAAUUAGGAGACAUGAUGUCAUAAAAAUGACAUUGAAAAAUAGAAUGUUCCUGUAAUUUUGUUGCUAUAAGUAACACUGCUGAAAGAGCUAUGGGUCGAUCAUUAUAUUUUUAUAAGAUUGAAAUUUUGUCAAGGUUAUGUAAUAAGGGUUAGAGGUAUGUGUGAAGAUGGGUAGGUGACAAAUUGGGUGAAAAUAUGUAAUAUAGCAUCUGAGAAAGGAUAAAGACUGAGAUUCAAACCAAAGGAUUGUAAAAGAAAGUGACAUUCUGAUUGUCUUUCAGUUACAGGAAACAUGAUAUUAAAAUGCAGAAAUUGCACUAAGCUUUGUUGCCAUUUUGUUCUUUAUUAAUUUUGGUGUGUUUUUGAA